UUGAAAAUGGUAAAGUUCCUCACUUCACUUUUCUAUGUUGUCCUCUUCGUUGCUAUUGCAUCAGAUGAGAGAAUUGUUCCAAUGGUAUAUGGAAAGGUAUGCGUAGUUGAUAUUGGUUUUAACAUUUGCAGCACUCUUAAUGAUCGAUGUAAGAAGCUAUGCAUUCAAGCAACUUUCUCGUAUGUUCACGUAGCAACGUGUCAAAUACGAAGCGAUGGUUCUACAUUUUGCGAAUGUGCAUAUGAUUGCGACGAUGACAAACACAUACAUCAAGAAAAGAUGAAGAUGUCAUCACCUGCACCUGCACCUGCACCUGCACCUUAUUGAUGUUUCGAUUUGGAUUUGUUCGAGACUGAAACGUAAUUGAUGUUGUACGGAAAAAUUGGCUAAAUUUUCAACAACCACCUUGAUUUACAUGCUCUAUGUAUAAUUGGAAUUUAAUUUCCGUACAAUUCA